UGUUAGCGCUCGCUGUCUGUCUACCACAGAAAGGGGUUUCUUAAAGUCACUCACAAAUUCUCUACUAUAUGUAUUACAAUUGGGAUUAUGAUUUUUUUGGAGGGGGGGUCAAAGAAGAAAGAAACCAAAUGACGUAGGAUUACAAUUAUUUUCAAAAAAAAAGAAGGAAUUAUCCAAUGUCAACUUGAACAGAAUGACUUCUGCUGUCGCAGCGUGAGGAGAGAACACAAUAGGCUACAUUCAGUGUUUUGUUCGGAGGCUGGAGUCCCCUGGUCAGCAAGGCCUGAGAAGUCAGCAUGGCAAAGAUCUGCACAGACCAGUCCUACCCGGCAACGACCAGGCAACAGCCGCGUCUCGGCACGCCCGAUGAUGACCUGGACUCCAUCGAGAACGGAACCUCCAGGGACAACUCAAAGUGUGAAGACACCUUGUCAGAGGUUCAGGGUGCUGUCUCUGUGUUAACCAGCAGACACACAGAGUCUCACAGAGACUCCUUUACAGGGUCAGGAGCCCUGGCCAGGCUCUCUCACUUCCUGUUCAUGCUGCGGACCUGGGCCUCUCACAAGAUGCACCACGAGGUGGAGAGACCGGACUCCUUCCUGGAGCGCUUCAGGGGCCCUGAGCUCAAAGAGGCCUCCAGCAGAGAGAGCAACGCACAGUCACUAGGAUACCCCGACAGAGUCCGCAAGAGGAAGAAAGAGAUUUGGAUCAUGGACCCGUCAGCAGACAGAUACUACAGAUGGCUCACCAUCAUAGCAGCACCGUGUUUCUACAACCUGAUGAUGCUCGUGACCAGGGCAUGUUUUAAUGAACUCCAGAGCACAUACCUAACUCUGUGGAUUGUCCUGGACUACACCUCAGACUUCAUCUACUACACAGACACAUUCGUCAGGUCUAGAACAGGUUUUCUGGAACAGGGACUGCUUGUGAAAGACGACAAGAAGCUUAGAGACAAAUACAAAUCAACGGCGCAGUUCAAAUGGGACAUGAUUUCAAUGAUACCCACAGACCUGCUGUUUCUGAAAGUGGGUUUAAACUACCCCGAGCUCCGACUAAACCGACUCGCAAAGAUGAACCGUCUCUUUGAGUUCUUCGACCGCACUGAAACCAGAACCAGCUUCCCCAACGUUUUCAGAAUUAGUAACCUGGUACUUUACAUCCUGAUCAUCAUCCAUUGGAACGCCUGCAUCUUCUUCGCCAUCUCCAAGACCAUCGGGUUCGGGUCCGACACCUGGGUGUACCCCAACAUCAGUCACCCUGAGCACGGCCGCCUUGCCAGGAAAUACAUCUACUGUCUCUACUGGUCAACCCUGACCCUGACCACCAUCGGAGAAACCCCGCCACCCGUUAGAGACUUCGAGUACCUCUUCGUGGUCACCGACUUCCUCAUCGGCGUGCUGAUUUUCGCCACCAUCGUUGGUAACGUUGGCGCCAUGAUUUCAAACAUGAACAAAACCCGUGCGGAAUUCCAGGCUAAGAUCGACUCCAUCAAGCAAUACAUGCAGUUCCGUAAGGUCUCCAAGGAUCUGGAGGUCAGGGUCAUUAAGUGGUUCGACUACCUCUGGACGGAGAAGAAGACCUGCGAUGAGAAGGAGGUGCUGAAGAAUCUGCCAGACAAGCUGAAGGCGGAGAUCGCCAUCAACGUCCAUCUGGACACCCUGAAGAAGGUCCGUAUCUUCCAGGACUGUGAGGCUGGUCUUCUGAUUGAGUUGGUGCUGAAGCUGCAGCCUCAGGUGUUCUCCCCAGGAGAUUACAUCUGUAAGAAGGGAGACAUCGGCAGAGAGAUGUACAUCAUUAAGGAAGGGAAGCUGGCUGUGGUGGCAGACGACGGGGUGACUCAGUUCGUGGUGCUCAGCGACGGAGCGUACUUCGGAGAGAUCAGUAUCCUGGGCAUCAAGGGUUCCAAGGCUGGCAACAGGAGAACGGCCAACAUCAGGAGCAUAGGUUACUCUGACCUCUUCGCCCUGUCGAAAGAUGAUCUCAUGGAGGCCCUCACUGAGUACCCCGAUGCUAAGAAGGCUCUGGAAGAAAAGGGAAAGGCUAUGCUGAUGAAAGACAACAUGAUCGAUGAGGACGUCGCUAACGCGGGUGCCGACCCUAAGGACAUGGAGGAGAAGAUCCAGAGGUUGGAGAGCAAUAUUGAAAUCAUCAAGACCAAGUUGGCCAAGAUCAUGGCUGAGUUCACAUCCAGCCAGAGCAAGAUCAAACAGAGGAUCACCAACAUAGAGUCAACAGUCAAGUCAGUCCGGCCCAAGGACAUAUCUGAAGUGGUGGCCGACAACAAGACACAGUAGUCCCACAACGCAACGUAUUUACCCAGAGACUUUUUCUAUUGAACGGGAACCAUUCUGAGAAAAAUGUCUCUUUUAAUGAUGAGCAUCUAAAAAAAUAUAAAUUUUAAUACACGAAAAGCGAAACAGAGAUACAAAACACCCUCAUAGAAAACAAACACAUUCUUCAGAAAUACCCUAGAGGCACCAACUCAUCACAUUUUAGAGAGUUUGGGAGAUUAUUAUAUUACACAAAUAAGGUGUCAAAAAAACUAAAGUAGAUUUACCUAACUCAGUGGAGAUCAAAGGCAUCUCCAGAGUAAGCAAUCCCGGAGAUCAGGUCUGGUAUCUCGUUCGUCUGUAGGUUAACAAUUAAGCAAGGUACUGCGGAAGUGCAAUGCAUCGAUCUACGAGAUUUCAAAAGAAAGCCAGCCUACUUUAAGAUGUUUGUACACUUCAAACAUUUUUUGCAAUAUUUUUUGGGGGGCAAUAUUGCAGAGUAAUUCUGCAAGCAACGGUUAAUGCAACUUUUUGCCAUUUAAAAUGAGGAACUUUUUGUUAUCUGGGGGACUUUUGAUCGGCAGUGCCACCUAGCAGACAAUUUUUUUAUCCUCCAUUCAGAGCGCAGCUAUUGGUCAUGUGAUCACUCUGCCAUUCUAAACUAUUUUGGAAAAAAUGGCAGGUUUUUGAGCUGAAGUGAAAGAAAAUCAACUCCUGUUUUGAAGUUAAAUGUUUCCUCACUGCAAUAUUUGAUCAUGAUACGUUAAUACAUGCAUACUGUGUUUAUUUUGUCAUGUUUAACUAACAAAAAUAUCCACGGUGGGGUGCAUGCUAAUUGACUAGCAAGUCCAUAUAAAGUCAAUGGGACAAACUGGCUAAAUUACCUAGAUACCUAGCCACAUCCUCCACAUUUGGAGGCGGCAGAUAGCCUAGCAUUGGGCUACUAACCAAAAAGUUGCUGGAUCGAAUCCCCGAGCUGACAAGGUAAAAGUCUGCCGUUCUGCCCGUGAACAAGGCAGUUAACCCACUGUUCCCCGGUAGGCCGUCAUUGUAAAAAAAGAAUUUGUUCUGACUUGAUUAGUUAAAUAAAAGUAAAAAAAAAAAAUGAUUGUUUACAAGCUAUAGCCAUUUCAUUUUUUUGUAUGUUUAGCUAGCUGGCUAGCUAGCUUAAUCCCAUUCACAUCUUUCUAGGUUAUGAAGAUAAGAGAAAUGUAGAUAUCUUUAUGUCUGCAUUGCCAUUGACUUGACUGGCAGCAGGUUGAGUGGGCUCUUUAUUUCUUGUUAUUAUUUUCUUAUUAUUUCUUGUUUAUUAGCUGAUUAAUUUCAGUAAGGCUCUGGCAAUCAACAGGUAUUAACAAUAUAUAGUAGAUUAGUAAAUAAAUAGGAAAUUGAUCUUCAUAUGAAGUCUAUUAUUCAUGUCCGUGUUGCUUAUCAUUGCUCCAGUGUCUCAUAUCCCAUUCCUUUACCAGCAACAUUGUUGCUUUGAUAACACCAGAAGAUAUCAUCCUCAGAAUCUCCAAAAUACAACAGCCACAGGACAACUUUGUUAGGACGUUGUAAAGGACCAUUCGCUGAAACUGAAAAGAUAUAGCUAGCUAAUAACCUAAUUUUCCACAUGGAAAAGAUGGUGGACAAAGACUUGCUAGCUACGUUAGCUAGUUAGCUGAGGGUUUUCUACAAGGAAUCUGCGUCUAGAAAAAAGCUUCUCCCAAGUGGGUGUGACACCUCCUCUUGUUGCCUGCUGCACAGCUGCUUGGAUUCCACCUGGCGAUCUGUUCACCGUCUGCCAAGGCCUGUCUCCCCUUGACUGGUAGAGGUACCCCCGCCACACUCCCCCCUCUCUCCUGAGCUUUCGCUCACCUCCAGCACACACACUUACAAUGGCUAGCCCCAAGUCGUUAUAUCUUCAUACUAUUUGCCUCAUGACUCCUGCGUGCUUUGUUGAUUAUGAACUUGCUUGUUUACCCAACCGUGGGACAGACUAUUUGUUCCCACACUCGACACUUUGACUCUCUAUUGGUUACACGGACUCUUGGCCUCCCAUCCUAUUCUAACCACCUCUCGCCGGCUUCGUAUUCAUGUUACCUGAUGAAAUUGCUGUACAAUAUGAUCUUGUUGCCAUCUGAUGCACAUUCAAAUGUCAUAAAUCAGCAGUGCAAAGCUCUCCCUGUCCUCUGCCGUGCCUGGAUUGUAUUACUGCUGAUGAUAUCUGGAAACGUGCAUGUACACCCUGGCCCAUCUACUUUUGCUAGCCCCAAUUCUGAUUUGUGCUCUGUUAUCUGCUUCACUGAUUUAUGCUCUCGUAAAAGCCUGGGUUUUCUGCACGUUAACACUAGAAGCUUGUUACCUAAAAUGUAUCAAUUGAAAGUGUGGGUUCCCAGCUCCAAUCCAGAUGUGUUAGUCUUUACUGAGACGUGGUUAAGAAAGAGUGUUUUGAAUACUGACGUUAACCUUUCUGGUUAUAACCUUUUUCGGCAAGACAGAUCUUCCAAAGGUGGUGGAGUGGCAAUCUUUAGCAAGGAUCACCUUCAGUGAUCGGUUGUCUCCACCAAGUCUGUCCCCAAACAAUUUGAUUGGCUGGUUUUACGCCUUAAACUUUCAAAUAAUUAUUUGUUGACUGUUGCUGGGUGUUAUCGCCCUCCUUCAGCACCGGCCUGCACCAAGAUCUCUCCUGGUCCCUUACAUUAAGUCUGAAUUUGUCCUGCUAGGUGACCUAAACUGAGACUAGCUUAAACUACUUGACCAAGUCCUAAAGCAAUGGGACUCUCUAAAUCUUUCUCAGAUUGUUACCAAUCCCCCAAAAUAUGACUCCAAACACCCAGAAAAGGCUACUCUCCUUGAUGUUAUCCUCACAAAUAAUCCUGAUUAGGUAUCAGUCUGGGGUUUUCUGUAAUGACCUUAGUGAUCCCUGUUUUACAACUGUGUUCGUAAUGGCUGCUCAGUGAAAUGGCCUGUCCUGAUUUGUCAUAGACGCUUGCUAAAAAAACUUUAAUGAGCAAGCCUUCCUUCAUGAACUGGCCUCUGUAAAAUGGUAUAGAAUCAGCUUGAUCCCCUAUGUGGAAGACCCUUGGACCUUUAAAAAAAAAUAUCUUCAGUGGUAUUGUUAACAAAUACGUGCCCAUGAAGAAAAUAAGAAUUUAAAACAAGUUCAGCCCCUGGUGCGCCCAUGAUCUGAUAGAGUUACUCCAGCUCAAGAAUUCCAUUUGGCAAAUCGCUCUGCACACGCAUGCUCAGGCUGACUGGCUCUCGUUCAGGCAAAUGAGAAGUAAGUGCACUCAGACUAUCCAGAAGUCCAAAGUUAGUUACAUUAAGGUUGCAGUUCUCUCUCUGUAGGUCUAACCCCAAGAAGGGGAGGUAGCCAUUGCUUGGAAGGCAUCCAUGGUACGUCCUUCAUUUAAAGGGGGAGAUCAAGUUGCUUGUAACUGUUAUAGGAAUUUUUCUAUUUUUGCUCUGUUUAUCAAAAGUGUUGGAAAAACUUGUCAAUAAUCAACUGACUGGCUUUCUUGAUGUCUAUAGUAUUCUCUCUGGUAUGCAAUCUGGUUUCCGCUCAGGUUAUGGAUGUGUCACUGCAACCUUAUAGGUCCUUAAUUAAGUCA